GUGAGUCAUGGCCCCUUGGAGGUGGUUCAUGGGCCAAAAAUUCCACCUGUCCUGAUCGCCGUAAGGUUGUACGUUGUCCAUAUCCAAGUUUACGGCACAGCAACGCUAGCUAGUCCAUCAUCCGCCAUGACUCCUCCGUAUGAGCGAUUCCCCCGCCUGCCUGACCUCCGCCAAGGGCGUUCCCGGCCAAGAUUCGUCUCGAUGGAUUCGUGCUGCCACGUACGUAUCCCAGAUGCCAUGAUUGCCAUAUAAUGAAGCGCCAUCAGAAUGCUCAAAUAGGGCUUCGUCACCUACCUACUUAGUCGAGCGGUCUCAUCAUCUUCUGCCGCUCUCACUUUAUGUACACAUCACGCACGAGAAACAAGUGCGAUAUCCUCCCGGAAAACCCUCCACCUCUAACAUGAAGAUACCGACCAUGUCCUCCCUCAUCCUCGUCUCGGCGCUGCUCCUCCACGGCGUCGCAAUGGCAUGGCAGCGCCCGUCCUUCCGGACUCCCCUGGUCUCCUCCUGGCUCGGCGACGCGUCGUCCCCGGGCAUGCCGCAAUUCGGCCUCGACAUGGAGUACCCGUGGCUCUGCGCCACGCCCGCCCAUUAUCCCGAGACGGACGCCCCUGCGGCCGACCCGUUCCACAGCAUGGAGAUCUGCGACAGCGGCUGCGGUCGCCCCGGCGCCAACUGCACCGCCAUCAUCGAGGAGAGACGUGACAUGGAAGAGCUCGGGGUUGGGUCCAACCUGUUCCGUUCAUCUGGAGAAGAACAACAGUUGCGAGAACUCACAGGGCUCUUGGCCGCGUUCCCGAACCUCAGACGACUCCAUCUGCCGCGGUCCGCCGAGCUGGACCUCGGCUUCGACGGCGGGCAUCUUUGGUGCGGCAACGCCUAUUUCGACGAAGACGGUCUGAGUCCCUGGCUGGAAGUGCAGGCGGAGGACAUGGCGGCCACGCGGCGCGCUGGGGAGAUCGUCCGGGACGCGCUCCCGGGGUUGAAGGGCUUGUAUGUCAGAUGCGACGAGGGAGGGGAGCAGUACGGCAACUUCACCGCCGACGCCGAGGGAAAUGAGUUUGUGGACUGGACGUGGGUCGGCGACUUGGCGUAUGCGGCGCAGGUGAUGGGGUAAAAGUGAGAGAUGUGAGAUGGAGUCUCUGGUGUGCGUAGAGCCCGAUUGCAAGACGCCAAUCGAGCGUUCACCGCCGGCCGUUGUUUCGGUAUCUUAUACAGGGCCAGCAAAUAAAGAGUCAUCUA